AUGGUUGCCACAAGAAGAUCUGGAGGUCAACAUGUUGAUGUUGAAUUAAGUAACAAUGGUAAAGAAUUAAAAAAAGUUAUUCCAAUUCAACAACAAAGAGAACAACUUAGACAAGAAGAUGAAGAUGCUUAUAUUGAACAACCACCAAAGAAAAAGGAAACUAGAGGAAGAAAAAAGAAAGUUGUAACUGAAGCUUUAAAAAAUGGAACAACAACAACAACACAAUCAACAACAACUCCAUCAAAACAAACAACCAAUAAAUCACCUAAUGUUAAAAAAGUUGAAACCAGAGGGAGAAAAAGAAAAAUUCCUAUUGACGGUUCAUUACAACAACAACCACCUCAACUGUUGAAAGUUCAAGCGUUAAAUAAUAAUGCUGCUGCUGCUGCUGCAGCUGCCGCUGCCGCUGCCGCUGCUACAAGUUCUGGUGCAACGGUUUCAACUAAACAUCAUAUUAAUCAUUUAUUAACUAAUGAUUCUCCACCACCAUUAGCUACUUUUCAUAAUCCAAAUCCUCAAAUUAUUUAUCAACAAUCAACAAAUGCAAAUAAUAGUUAUGAAAGAAGUACUUCUCCAGCGAUUACAGCCAAUCAAAUGUAUGAAAAUCAACAAUUACAACAACAACAAUAUCAACUUCAACAACAACAACAACAUCAUCAAUAUCAUCAAGCUCAACAAUACGCUUUACAACAACAACAACAACAAUUUCAACAACAACCACAACCACAAUUUCAACAGGUACCACCACCACCACAACAACAAGGAUUACCAAAUCAAAUUCAUUAUCAACAACAUGAUAUAAUCAAUAAUUCUAUCAAUUCAGAUAAUAUUAUUCCUAAUACUGUUGAUCCAAAAACUCAAGGUCGUAUUCCAAUCACAUCAAUUAUUUCACAAAAAAUCGAUUUAACUGAAGAAGAUAUUCCUUAUAUGAUUGAUGAAGAAGAAUAUGCUUUAGAAAAUGGGAAAUUUCCAAAAAGAAGAUAUCGUGUUGAUCGUGAUAAUAUUAAAAUUAAUAAAAGAAUUAUGUCACAAGAUACUGAAGAUGUUAUUAAAAUGUUUAAAAAAUUUGAUGAUGAAAUUUUAACAAAUGAUGAAGCAAGACAAAGAUUAUUAUCAUUAGGUUUUGAAACAAGAAAAAGAUAUAUUACAACUUUUAAACAUUAUAUUAGAUUUUGUUGUAAAAAAAAAUUAGAUAAUUUUUUUGUUACUGGAGAAUUAAUGAAAGAAUUUUAUGAAGAACAAUUUGCUUUAAGUAGUUCUUCAAAACCAGUUAUUAGAUUAAGAAAAAUGGAUCCUGCUUUUUCAAAAUUACAAGAAAUUAAUUUUUUAGUUUAUCAUUUAGCAAAUAAAGAAAUUCCAAAUAGACAUAUCGCUUUAGAAUAUUUAGUUUAUAAGGAAUUAGGAAAAGAUCCAUCAUCAUCUUCAUCAUCAGUUGAUGAUAUUUCUUCAUCAAAUAACCAGGAAUCAUCAAGAAGAAGAAAAAUUAAUGAUGUUUCAACCCCUGUCGCUACCACUCAAAAAAGACAAAGGGGUAGAAAACCAAAAGAAUCAUCAACUUCAAUUGAAUUAGAUCAUAAUAUUGAUGAUAAUUUAGAUGAAGAACCACAACAAAUUAAUGUACAACAACCACAACAACAACAAGAUGUUACACAAUAUCCUAAAAAGAUUACAAAAAAAAACAUUGAAGAUAUAAGAAGAGUAUGGUCAGAAGUUCAACAAAAAAUUUAUCAAGCAGUUGAUGAAUCAAUUGAUGUAGAUCCAGCUUUUGCAACAAAAUUACAAUCAAUAGUUAAUUCAAAUUUAACAAAAUUUGAUAUUGAAUUAAAUGGUCAAAAACCAAAAUCUCAUUUACCACAAGUAACAUCACUGGGAAUUCCAAUUAUUGAUUUUAAAAAUUUAAAUACAGUUUAUGAAAUAUUAGAAGAAUGGUAUAAAAUAAAUCCAUCAAUUGAAUUUAGAUUAAAAAAUUAUGGAGAAGAAUGGAUAAGAGAUGAAUUUGAAUAUAAUACAUUUAUUGAAAGAAAAAGUAUUAUAAAUUUUAUUGAAAGAUUAAGUAAAGAAACAAAAAUUGAUAAAUAUAUUUUAGCAAAUGAUUGUGAUUUAUAUAUUAGAGAUAAAUCUAUUUUGGAUGAAUUUAUAAGUGAAAUUGAAUUAGAAGAAGAUGAAUUAUUUAAAAGAGUCUUACGUUAUAGACAAAGAAGAAAUUAG